AUGUCAGAAGUUGGUGGUUUUUUAAAUGAAAAUCAGUCAGACGAAUUAUCACUGUGGGGUUUACCUGUAUCUAUUAUUACAAUUGUGGGUAUAGUACGUCAUGUUGAACAAACUACGACAAAAAUUACUUAUGAUAUUGAAGAUGAAACAGGCACUGUGACAGCAUUAAGCUGGUUAGACGCUGAUAAACAGUCGGUUAAUCCAUCUUUAUUAGAAGGCAAUAUUUAUGUUCGUGUACAUGGCACAAUUCGCUAUUAUAAUGGUAAACAACAUAUUUUGGCUAUCAGUAUUGUGCCUAUAGAAGACUUAAGCGAAUUAACUAAUCACUUACUUGAAGUUACAUAUAUUACAUUAAAAGCUCAAGAAGUGACAGGAGUAGAUAUAAAAGUAUCAAACGAUGAAAGAAAUGUUCAAAGUAAUACAUGCAACAAUAUGGAUCCAAAUCAAUCUGCAAUUUUUAAUAUUAUUCUGGCUGGAAGUGAUACCGACUGUGGCAUCGAAAAAGCAGUGAUUAAAAAAUGUGCACCAGCUCACUUAGAAUCACAAAUAGAUACAAUAUUAGAGUUUCUUAUUAAUGAAGGACACAUCUAUACUACACUUACAAAUGAUCACUUUAAAACCACAUAAGUUUUACAUGCAUUUAUAUUAUAUUACUUAUAAUUCUAUUAUAUUACAUAAUUUCUUGUUUCUGUAAUUUACAUAAUUUUUAUAUAAACUCUUAUCAUUUUCAAAUCUUUCAAUAUUAUUAUCUUUUCUCUCUCUCUCUCUCUCUCUCUUUAUAUAAUAUUGGACAAAAUAAAAUACGCACCUUAAACAUUUCCAUAUUUAUUUAAAUAACUUGUUAAUCUCGAUGGAUAGAAUAAUAACGUAUUCAGACAAAAAGAAAGUUUUUUAGUUAACUAAUAAGUUUUGACUCAAAAAAUUUCAGAAACAUUUAAAAUCCUUUAAUAUUCCAAUUUAUUAUCACAUUUACCUCGAAUAAAAUAAAGUAUACAGGUGGAAAAAAGUAGGAAAUCAUCGAAUUUCAAAUUUUUAAUUUUAUUCGCCUUUUAAAUCAAAGAACGAUGUAGCACAAAACUAUUCUUCGAUCAAAUUUCUCGGAGUCUUGUACACACGAUUUAUACGGAAAUGUUUAAUCGAAUAUUUUUUCGUAUUACAGGGCUGGUAACAGUCGAAUUUUUUUUUACUUCUGGGAUGAUUUUACGAUCGUCGACUCGAUUUGUCUUGCUCUUCUCUCUGCCCGCAUUCGAUCUUAUUCGCUGUUGAAAUCUUUUCCAAAUGUUCCUAAUUGUAUCUUCAUACGUAUUUUCGACCGAUUUUGUUAUUCGAAAAUUCACUUCUACCAGUGUUUAACUAUCAAAUUAUGAAUUUGCACAGAAAUUUAAUCAUUUAUAGAAUAUGAUCAUUGAUGAUCGGAUCACAGCAGCACUAGUAAUUGAUUAAAUAAUAACAUCGUUCGUGUGUUUAUAUAACCUGUUAUUUCCAACAUUUCAAGAGAGCCUACAUGAUUUUAUUAAUGAAAGUAUAUAAAUACUACUAUGCGUAUGUUAUUUUGUCCAAGAAAAAGGUGUCAAUAAAUGUAAUGAAUUGAAGUUGAAUGUUUCUGGAAUUUUUUCAGUCAACAUUUAAAAGUAGGCUAAAUACAUUUUUAUCUAAAUACAUUACUUUAUCUGUCAGAAAUAACGAGUUAUUCAUACAAAUGUGAAAAUGUGAGACGAGU